AUGGCCACUAUGAAAUUUGUUGUCUUAUGUAUAUUAUGGUAUGCUUCUUCAGCUGUUACUAACAACAUUGGCAAGCAACUUUUAAAUCAAUUCAACUAUCCAGUUACAUUAACUUGGGUUCAAUUCGGUUUUGUUGGAUUAUAUUGUCUUACUAUUGGACAUGGAUUGGGUUAUACGAAACUUCGAAAUCCUUCAAAAAUUAUUCUGCGCACUACCUUACCCUUAAGUUUAUUUUCCAUCAGUGGGCAUGUACUUUCCAGUGUGGCGACAAGUAUAGUUCCAGUUAGUUUUGUACAUACAGUCAAGGCACUUUCACCUUUAUUUACAGUCUUUUUUUAUAGAUUUGGAUUCAACGUUAAUUAUUCAUAUCCCGUAUAUAUAUCUUUAUUUCCACUUACUAUUGGAGUUAUGCUUGCUUGUUCAUCUUCUUCAACUGCGAGUAUUAUUGGUUUAAUAUUCGCAUUGGGAUCAACGAUAAUUUUUGUCGCACAGAACAUUUUUUCAAAAAAAUUACUUUUUAAUAAUGAUCAUCCAGGUUAUGAAAAGCAUAAACUUGAUGAAUUGAAUUUAUCAUUUUAUUCAAGUUCGUUGGCAUUUUUUCUUAUGACACCUUUAUGGUUAUAUUAUGAAGGAUUUCAUUUAAUCUUAAGACCUCCAACGGAUUAUAAUACUUUAUCAUUUACGAUUAAUUCUUCAAAUUCCAAUUCCAAUUUAAAUGGAUGGAUUGUUUCCUUCUAUUUUUGGUUAAAUGGAUCAACACAUUUCGCACAAAAUAUUUUGGCAUUAUCAAUUUUAUCAUAUACUUCACCAGUCACUUAUUCAAUAGCAUCAUUAGUAAAGAGAAUAUUCGUAAUUACAGCAAGUAUAAUAUGGUUUGGGCAGAAAACUACAUUCAUUCAAGGGAUAGGAAUAGUUUUAACAUUUGGAGGAUCAGAAAGUGAAAUUGAUUUAAAAAAGCAUAUAAUGUAG